CUGAACAAGAAUUGCGCGAUAAGAUUCAUUCUUAUAGGAAGAUUGCCGUGUUCAUCAUCGUAUUUAUGACCAUAGCGAUUCAAUUACUGAAUGUUUUUUUAAUGUACCCAUCCAUAGAAAAUCGUAAAAAAUUUCAAUACGAAGCCCUCUUCUGUAGCAUGGAAGUUGGAAUUUGGAUAUGUAUUUUCGUAGGUGGAUUUAUUCACUUUACUUACUUACUUAAUUUGAUCGUGAUUAUUGUAAUGAAGUUAUUCAAAAAUGUAUCAGAUGAUUUGUAUUUCGUGGAAAAGGAUGAUGAUGAUUUAAGAUUGAAGUUACACGUGACUAUGAUACAACAUGCCGAAUUAUGGAACUUUACUACACAGUUCAACGGUGUCUUCAAUUAUCCACUAACAAUUUUAUACGGCUGUUUCUUAGUAGAAACAAGUUUACUUUAUUACAUUACUGCUUUUGUGGAAAUGGAGUUUACAUGUAAAGUUUUAGCUUGCAUACUCAAUUGUCUCUUCACGUGUGGAUGUUUACUGAUGGGAUUCUGUUUAUCCACAUUCACCUCAAUUAUACAGACAUCUUUUCAAGACAUUGGCAGAUUUGUAGAUUGCGAUCUUUCACUAGAAGAGAAAUUGAAGAUUUUGAAUUUUAUGAAGAGAUUCGGUAAAGCGUCGUUAUGUUUAACCAUUAAUGGUUAUUUCAAUGUUACCAAAAAAUUUCCAGUUAAGAUGGCCAGUACACCCCAUUCUAUGUUUUCUGGAAUUUUGAGAUUAAGCGGAGUCUCCGAAGAUAAAAGUUCUUGUCAAUAAUAGAAAUAUUAUUACAAGAAAAUUAACUCAACUUUCAGUUGAGGAAAACUUAUUUGUUUCAUAUUUUAUACUGGUGUAUCUAUAAAAGGUAAUACAAUUACCAAUCACUCUGGAGAAAAAUGCCUAAAGUGAUAAUGAAUUGUAAAUUGCUAAUUGUGAGAUUCUAAUUGUAAUUGAGUUUUAAUGAUCAAUGAAUUGUAAGCUCAAUGCCAAAAUAAUUGGGUAAGUAUUGGGCACAAUUUAAACAAAAUUGGGAAUUACUUAAAAAAAAUUAGCAACUCCAUGUUUCUCAAACUGUAAUGCCCUGUUGUCUAGGGGUUUAAAAUUGAAUUUAUUAAAUGCAGCAUUAACAAAAUAAAUCCCGUACUAUCAAUAUACCAAUACUUUAUAUCCUAAAA